GCUUAAUUUUUGCAUUUUUUCUGGAGAUAUUCACAAUAAAUCGGCAAAAAGUUACUUAAAAGACGCAAUUCCAGUGAUAAAGAUCUAAAAUUCAUUCAACUUUGACAAGAUAAACAUUCGCUCUUUGGAAAAAACCCAAAAAAAAUUGAACCUGCUCCGAGUAUUUUUUUCUUAUGGAAUAAUUUUCAGUAGAUUCACGUUAUUCAAGCAAAUUUAGAGUUAUCGUCGUGCAUUUAUCGUCCGUCGAACGUCGGAGUGAUAAUAACUUUGUGAAAUAUUUGUACGAUCAGUCAUGCUUUCGAUGUUUACUUGAAAACACGACAGUCUCGCGAGUUAUUGAUCGGAUAAUUUAUGUGAUUUUUUCUGUCUGUAUGUACUUACUUCGUGCUCAAUCAAAUAAUUAUAGCUAGAAAAAAAUAGAAAUAAAUAUUUAAAUAGUUGUGCAGUGAACAGUUGCAAGGUUGUCGUUUAGAGUUACUCUGAUACGUUUGAAAAGCGCACGCAGCAAUUAUUCGAAUUGGAUUAACGGGAGAUCAUCAAAACAUAUCAACUUAUGGCCUCUACUCUUAACUCGCCGCCAAUACCUCAAGAAUGCUUCACCAAAAACGGGAUUUCGCAUGAACGCGACUCUGCAGUGGCAAAAGUUAAUCUUACAAUCGACGAGAAUCACGUAAUUGAGGGAGCGCGAGAUGUUUUAAAGGUUAUCAGGCCACAAUGGAACAGCAAUGAUAUUAAAUUCAAGCUCUUCACUGACGGCAUCACAAACAAGCUCGUCGGAUGCUUCCACGACGCUGAACAUCACAACGGCUCAAAUUCAUCGCCCGAAGCCUUCGUCAAAGCCAACAAAUUCAACAACAACAAAAUUUCCGAUGUCGUUCUGAUACGCAUUUACGGCAACAAAACUGACUUGCUUAUCGAUCGAAAAGCCGAGACACGAAACAUCAAGCUGCUCCAUCGUUACGGUUUCGCGCCGAGACUUUAUGCGACAUUUUGCAACGGUUUGGCUUACGAAUAUGUGCCGGGACGCACUUUGAACGUCGAUACCGUGACAAAUCCGGAAAUUUGGCCUUUGGUAGCUCGUCAAAUGGCACGCAUGCACAAAAUUAAUUUGGAGGAAACGGGAUCCGACAAAGAACCCAUGUUGUUCGGAAAGAUGCAACAAUUUUUCAAAUUAGUCCCGAAAAAGUUUACGGAUCCUAAAAAGCAGGAAAAAUUUAACGAACUUUUUCCCUCAUUGGAGACCCUUUACAGCGACUUUAACUCGUUGUACAAACAUUUGAAGCAAACGGAGAGUCCCAUUGUCUUCUGUCACAACGAUUUACUACUCGGCAACGUUAUUUAUACCGAAGAAGAGCAAAAAGUGACAUUCAUUGAUUACGAAUAUGCAGCUUGUAACUUCCAAGGCUUCGAUAUCGGCAAUCAUUUCACCGAAUAUGGAGGCAUUGAUGAGAUCGAUUACGCUCGUUACCCAUCCAAGGAAUACCAAUGGAGUUGGUUACGAGAAUACCUAAAAGAAUAUCUGGCACCAAAAGCCGUCACAGAGCAGGAUAUUAAGCAACUUUACAUCACAGUUAACAAAUUCGCACUCGCAUCACACUAUUUUUGGACAAUCUGGGCAUUGAUUCAAGCGGAACACUCGACGAUCGAUUUUGAUUUUAUGAUCUUUGGAUAUACCAGAUACGCGGAAUAUUUGGCGAAAAAAGAUGCAUUCCUUGGAUUAUCGAGCUGAAUUUAAAUUCCUGCAGCGAAAUUCAUUCCGAUUUUUUUAACCUUUGACACAUUUCCGAUUCGAAUCUCAAAAUUUUUAAUCAUUCCCGUCUCUCUUUGGAACAUUUUGAAGCUUCCCGAAGAAAAUUAGGCUAAUAUUGUGAAUUUUUGUGAUUUCUUGUCUGCCAAAAUGCGUUUUUUUUAAUUUGUAAAAUUUACCAAAGCAAAAUUUGCAAAGCAAUAUUAUUUUUUAGAGAUUUUUUUUUGUUUUUUGCCUUAUUAUUUGUACUUGUACUUGGUACUUUAUGGAAAUUUUUUAGUGAAAUAAAUAAAAAAAGGUCGUUAACACACGCUUAAAGAUGUUGUUUAUUUUCUACAAUUGUACACGGUUCACUUGAGAAAGUCACUUUUGUUCCGCGAAACCAUUGCAGACGAGUUGCGUGCACGUAACUUGCUUUUUUUUUUAAGGGAACGUUUCGAAAAAAUAAUAAGAUUUUUUUGUGUUGAUGUCGUAUGCAAAAAAAAUUAUCGAAAUUUUAUUGCAUAUUUAUUUCACUUCCUUAACUUGGAGACCUGGAGGCAAGGAUUGCUUCAAUUUUUCGGCCUUCUCCUUGUCCGACACGACCAAGGUGUACAAGUAGCGGGAGCAGCGAAUCUUGAAUUUGGUGUUGUUCUCGUUCUUCUUUAUUUUGACGGCACGGGCAUCCUUUCUGCGUGCCUUAA